CGCUAUGAUUCAGCCAGCAGUAUGUCUGAAUUUUCUCAGUCCUCACUUGGUAGUUUGGAUGAAAACGAGCUGCCAAAGAAUACUUGUCUUUGGUCAGUUGAUCUGAUCGAUAAAUUUGGAAUAAAAAAAGUGCAAACAAGUCCGUUCAAAUUGAUUUUGGAAGAAUGGCAUUUAGUCGAACUGAAUAAAGCUGAAUUAGCUAGAAUUGCUACGAUUGGUAAUGUAUGCGAUUUUCAUGGGUUUGAUUUCAAGUCAUUAGAGGAGAUACCUUACAAAGAAGAUAUGCCUUUUAGUAGAUUUGGAAAAGAGUGGUUUUAUUCAGCACCCUGUGCUGAACUUAAAUGUUUCAGUGACAAUCUUGAAGAAUUUAGGUUUCGUCUGUUUGAUUUCAUCAAGCAAAUACAGUCACCAAGGAAUAGAGAGAAUGAGGAACCAUUUGAAAUAGAGUACAACCAUCUCUUUGAGAGUUUACUCAAAUUAUUCGAAUUUAGAACAAAAUAUCAACCACAAUUUCCAAGAGGGCAUGCAACAUUAUUCGGCCAAGAAAUAUUUUCAAAAGCUGAUAUUAUUGGCCAAAAAUGUGAUGAACCAGAAGAAAUACUAUUUGUCUGUAAGGUGAAGAGAAAAUGUCCUGAUGAUGAAACAAAAUAUUCCCCAAUUAAGAAAAAGCUACGCUCCACAACAAAACUUGCAACUGUAACUGAGGAAGCAACUUCUAGCAUGAAAUUUAACAUUGGUAUCCCAUCAAAUGUGUUUGCCCAGCAUGUUGGUGAACUGCUUUCAUACAUGGAAAAAUCUGUGUUGAAUCAAGGACUCCUGGGGAUGGUCAUUCAAAAGACCAAUAUAAUGUUCACUUAUCUGAAAAUCAAACCAGCGAGCUACGAAAAAAUCAGGCGAAGGAAAAAACCAAGGUCUGUUAUGUUUGACCCAGCAUUGCAAGAAGAACCUGUACUUUUUUACACAGAUCAAUACAAUUUCUUAAAGACGUAUGAGCGUCAAGAAAUUUUCAAAGCAUUAAUUGCUGUGAAAAUGAUGGAAAGAAAAGUCAGUAGCACAUAAAGGAAAGGUAGAGACUGAACGUCUUUUUGUUUCAAAAUGUCUUCUUUUUUUUCAAACACCAUAACGAUGAAAAGGGUUACUUUUUAAAAUCACAAGUUGUAUGUUGAGUUUCCUUUUCUAUUUAGAUGUUAAACGCUACAGUCGUGAAAUUAUUUAAUCAAAUAUAUAAAUAGGAGGAAGAUCAUUUAAUGUCAGUUUGAUUAAGAAUACUAUGAAAUGUACAGGUCAAUAUUCAUGGAUUUGAAUAAAAUUGCUUUAAAUGCAGUUAUGGACUUCUGAGAUGGUAAAUAGGGUUUGAUUUUGACCAGGAAAAUAUCGGUUUUGACAAUGACUAACUUCUGAGGUGGUACAUAUGGUUUGAUUAUCCACAUUGAGCAAUGUUUCAUGUAUGCCUUUGUAUAACAGGGCUCAAAGUUGCAAGUUAUUAACGCUUUAUUAAAUUCUCAUUUCUGAUUUGGUGAGUAACAUUAAAAGCUGAUUGCCACACCAAGAUGGAAAAUAUUGUACUGGGUCAGUGUAAUUUUUUUUGCCCUGGUUUCAGACUUCAUUUGUAACAUUCAAGAUAGAAGAUAAAAAAACCCAACAAAAUGAUCUAGCCCUGAAUAUUGAUA